AUUUCACAAGUGACUUCGACCCGCAAACUGUGGCUUUAUGGGAGCUUUACGGUCGUCUGUGGAUGAGCCCACAUUUCAAGGUCCUUGGCAGCGCUGAGAAAACACUUGGAGAAUUGUUUGGAGAGACUAGUACGAGUGCGUGCUGUAUUUCUUUUUUUAUUCUAACAAAUGCUGAUUUUUCUGCAGGCGCUAAUAUACAUCUAUACAACGGAUCUUCUGAGGUCGCAGUCCUCAAAGUAUCUUGCAAGUUGGGCGGUGCCAAGGAUGUCAUGACCGAUGUCGUCCCGAACAUCGAGAAACCCUCAGAAGGCUCCAAGCUUCUGGAUAGCAACGACACUCUGGACACGGUGCUCAAUGCCGUGAAGCAGAUGAUUGAUGUUCUCGCGGACGUAGGCAAUAUUUUACAAGCUAAUUCAUAUUGCUUAACAAGCCUCCUCCCAAGGUGCACCCCGCGGCUACCAUCGCUUGGGGAUUUCUGUCUAUCGGAUUCAAAGUGGGUUGUGGACGGUGUUCCCAGUGCAUGGAUAUCUUCACAUCAUAGAUACAGGUCUUAAAGAAGCAGCACGACACGAAUCAAGCUAUACGUGAUCUUUACACAGACAUGAUAUCAGCAUAUGAAGUGUUCAGCAAGGAUGAUAUCUUAGAGCAGCGAGAUCGGUUACGGGGAACAUAUAGUUCCUUGUUCAAGCAGACCAUUGAGUGCGCCAUUUUCAUUGAAGGCUAUACAAAAGAGAGCGGGAUAAAGCAUC